AGAGUAUGUCGGCACACAAACAACGUGGAGACUCCAACCAACUCAUAUUAGUGUGCGAGUCUAUAAAAAGCCACGCAAUGACAGAAUUUAUUAACUUGUGGAGAGAGAAAAAUAGAGGAUUCAAAGAACUCACACCUCAAGAAGUCAUCAAAAUCAGACCCUCUGUCCAAACUGGAAUGCGAAGUGUUUUCAUAAUGGACGAGCUAGAAGGCGAAGCGUAUGAUUACAUUCUGAAUGUACUCCAAAGCAGAAUAAUUUGCCCCGUAGCUUGUUUGAUGGCAACUAGAAACGCACUUAAACUCCAUAGUAUUGGUGGCAAGGUUCUAGUGUCUGUUUCUAUGCACAACGUCACAGCAUGCUGCACAGAUGUGGCUUUCGAAACCCGUAAUGAAGUUCGAAAACUAGUCGAGUUGAUGGGUGGGAAGUAUAGUGGGGAUUUGAACACUAGUACAACACAUUUGAUUUGUAGUUCAGUUGGAACUAAAAAGUACAUAGUUGCAACUCAAAUGAAAAUUCCGAUUUUGACGCCGCAAUGGGUCACAACUGCGUUUGAACUUCGAAAAAGGCAAAAGCUGGCAACAGAUGAAGCGUUUAUGAAGGAGUUUAAAGUUCCGAUUUUUGCUGGCUGUGUGAUUUGUGUUAGUGGACUUCCAAUGGCCGAUCGAAAAUUAGUUGAGCAAGCUGUUGUGAGUAAUGGAGGUAAGUACAGCGCAGAUUUGAAGUCAGAUUACGUUACACAUCUAAUCGCCACUGAAGCGGCUUCUAAUCAGCAGAAGUUAAUAUAUGCGCGAAAAUGGAAACUUCCUGUUUUAACCCAGCGAUGGCUGCCAGAUUGUCUGGAAAAAGGAUACUUUUGUGACCCAAAUUUGUAUAAAUUCAACAUGGAUUUAGUUCCGAAGGAAACAGCUGACGUCUCGUUUGACACAAGUCGGGGAGUGCUGAGUCGGUCUAACUCAUUUAUUACGAGUCAGUUGCCGAGUUCGUUUGAAGCGAAUGAUGUUUUGAAUUUCUGCAAGGCUCACAUAAUUGGACUUGACAGUACAGAAUCGGCUGCAAUUGAAGAAAUAAUGCAAAAGUGCGGCGCAACUGUUUACAAAACAUAUCAGCAUGGAGUUACCCAUGUGAUAUGUGACAAACUGCCUUCAAGUGAGUUCCUAUACAAAACUGCGUCAGACGAUAUCCACUUCGUCACACCAAAUUGGAUCAUCAAUUGCUGCACGUCACAGCGUCUUGUCCCAAUUGACGAAUUUGAGCUGAAACGGCCCAUCGAAGACAAUUUGGAAUCACCUUUUCCAAGGAAAAAAUCUGUCGGCCCGAUGAGCACUUUGUCUCAAAAUGCGAUCAACAAUAGUCGAAAUGUUGCGAAGAGACAGAGUUCGUGUUUUGGAGGUACAGGGCAGCAGAUCGACGAUGAAAUAAGCCGAAGUUAUCUUGACAUUGAAAACUUGUUUGACUUGAAAUCUGUGUUAAACACAGUUAAUGCUUUCUUGCACAAUUCUCUAUCUGAUGCAAUCAGAAUAAAAAUGUCAGGUCUAUUGUCAGAGUUAGGAGCUAGUAUUUCCAAUAAUUUGAAUGAAAUGUGUACUCAUUGCUUUGUAGAAGAUUCGACUAUCGCUGAAGACCAUCAAGAUGUUGAAAAAACUGACCAGUUGAAUAUCAAAUUAGUCAGCAUUGAUUGGGCUCAAGAGUGCAAAGAAAAAAGAAGUCUAAUAGGCGAAGAAAGUUUUCGGCCUAAAUUGCUACCUGCUGCUCCGAAACCCCAGCCCACAAUUAGAGCUACAACCCGGACGACCAGGAGUAAAAACUUGAAAACCCUAAAUCUGGAACCCAUGCCUAUACCACCUGAAGAAGACGCAUCAUUUCCAAUAAAUGAAAACAAUAUCGGGCGAAAUUCCCAAAAUACCAGUUUGUCAUCGACGCCAUCUAAACUCAGUUUUGAUUUGCGAGGAUCUUUGGCUAAACUGAAGGAAGGAUCCACCCCUAAUUCUCUACAGAAAGUCGCGUCAGCUUCGAGCUCGAACCGUGGUAAAUCGAAAUUGGCUGAAGAUCCCGGAUCAAACGCAAGAAAUGAUAUGAAAAGUGAAGGUCUGUCGGCCAAACUGUCGACAAACCUGCUGUCUAAAUUUCAAAAACCUGCCGAUCACUACAUUGAGUGCUCACAGAGUGUCCAAAUUGGCUGGGAGGCCGAAUCUAAUUCUUUUGGAAACAAUCCAAUGGACAAUAUUGAAAACAUGGAUCAAAAUGCAAAAUCAGAACGAAGCUGUUUGACUCCUAAAUCGCUUCAGAAAGUGAGAGUGUUUCAGAUAACGAGUAUAGAAAGAGACCAAAGGCCUUACUUGGAGAACAUGAUUGAAAAUUUGGGCGCCAAAGUGAUAGCUGAUUCUUCAUCUUUCGACCCGACAGCAACUCAUUUACUAUGCAAAGCUCCACUGAAGAGUGAGAAAUACAUGGCCUCGGUGGCGAAGGGUCUCUGGGUUCUGAGCUGCAGUUACCUUGAAGAGUCGACAAAAGCGGGCAGGUUUUUGAACGAGGAGGAUUUCGAAUGGGGUAGUGAGAAAUUAGGCUUCGCUUCUAUUCAGACUAAAGUACACAAUGUAGCUAGAGCUGCAAAACGGUGGAGGGUUUUAGUAGGUCAAAAUGGGAUCUACUCAGGGGGUGCUUACUCGUCUUGGAAAGUUCUGUUCCACACAAGUAAAGCCAAAACUAAAGGCUUGGCUGCUAUUUUGAACGCAGGAGGCGCUGAAAUAUUACACGAGCAGCCCCCGUUUGUGAAUAUAACAGGAGCAACCCACGCGUUUAUUGAGCCAAAUCGAGUCGACAUGAGUUUGGUGAGUUGUGCGCAGUUGACUGCAAACGGAGUGGAAUGCUUUAAAAACGAGUACAUAGCGGACUACUUAAUUUUAGAGGAAUUGGAUAAGAGUGCAUACCUCGUGAAGGAUGCGCCGGAAGUCUCGGAACCGACAGCCAAACGCAUUAAAGUAUUUUAAAUUAACUGAUAGUAUUUCAGUCUGUAUUUUGUUCGUUUUGAAUUUUGUCUUUGAUCAAUUACCUUUUUUGCAGCAAAUUUAGAUUAAUAUUUG